GAGAGACUCAAAGAGCACCUGGUCAUUCUUCUGGAGUGGAUAGGCGAUCAGUCGACAGUAACAUUUACUCUUUCAUUUCCUUUUCCGAACAGCGCGCGUGUCGUUUGUCAAGAGUCACACAUCGUUGACGGUUUCGCUUUUCUUUUCCUUUCGCUUGCUUCCAACUUCCAGCAGACACUACUCGUUCGACUUUAUCAAACACCCCACAAAAAUUAUUCGGAUACAGGCCUUUUUUUUUUCUCUUUUUCUUCUAUAACGAAAUUGUAACACACAUACACCAUGUCUACGAGUCCGUCAUCCCGACAAGAAUCGCAACAGACAACCGCAACACCACGCUAUUGGUGCUAUUCAUGUAGUGCUGAAGUACCAAUUUACAUGGCUCCAGACCCUACAUGUCAACGUUGCAAUGAACAAUUUAUCGAAGAGAUUGACUCGGAAAACGAUCCACGGACUUUCUUGGCUGGCGCUCCUGCUGCUACUGCUACAGACGACAACUUUAGUGGUAACGCCGAGCGAACGGGAGGAGGAGGUAUUGAUCCUGCCACUGGUACAGCCUUCUUUCGUUACGAAACAGGCGAUGACGAUGACAUUUUUCACUUUUUUACGCCCAUGGGGGCACGCAGCGAAGGAGGUGGAGAAGGUGGUAGUGCCGGCGCCGGUGACGAACCGGGAAAUCUUAACCAACAACCACUGGCAGCCAUGCUACAGAAUCUGCUAACGUCCAUGUUGGGCUCUGCUGCCGAAGGAUUACAGCAUCAGCAUCAGCAACAACAACAAGGUCCUGAUGGCGCGGGUGAUAUUUCUGCUGGUGAACAGCAGGACGAAGAAGGUAUAGGAAGUGGAGCACAAUCACAGCAACAAACACGACGACCACCACCGGUUGUGUUUUACAGUAACAUGUUAGACGGGCAGUUUCGUCCAUUGAAUAUGAAUCCCCAACGGAAUGACGGAGGAGAAGGUGGAGGUAUAUGAUAAUGAUAAUGAUUAUCGAGGAAAGACGGUGGGUAUAUACUUCGUGAAGGGACUAAGACGAUAUCAGGGACAUGGAGUCGUUGAAGGGUUACUCUAACGGUAAACCGGUUCACAAUU